AUGGUUGUUACACAAUCAGUUGGAGAAGAUGUGCGAUCAAUUCGAAUGUCUUUGAUGCGUGGUCAGAAAUUUCAAUGUGCCACUCCAACAUGUUUACCGUUCGCUAAAAUGAUUACGUCGACUAUUAUGAAGUGUCAAAUGGCUUGUUUAGCUCAAAUUUAUUGUAAAGCAGCUAGUUUUCAUCAAUCAAUUUCUAAUUGUGAAUUAUUUACUGAUAUGUCUAAUGAAAUUGCAAAUAUGGCGACUGAUACCGACAUUAGUAGUAUGAUUGUUAUUGCGGGAACACGAUCUCCACCUGGUUAG